CUACGGUGAGGGAUUCUUGUUCGAUCUAGAGAGAGAAAACAGAGGGCAAUUCUAGUCGAGUUGUAGAGAGAGAGAGAAAGAGAGAGAGAAAUGGUGGGGAAGAACCACAGCGACGAAGACGAAGACGACACCUUCUACUACCGCUACUCCUCCGCCCCACCCCAACCCUCCUCCGCCUCCACUGCCAAGACCCUAGAAAAAUCCUCCGGCGGCGGAAGCGGGAGGAGCGGAGGCCUCGCCCCGUCCAAGUCCACCGUCUACGUCAGCAACCUCGACUACACCCUCACCAACUCCGACCUCCACACCAUCUUCUCCGCCUUCGGCAAGGUCGCCAAGGUCACCGUCGUCAAGGACCGCCGCACCCGCCUCAGCCGCGGCGUGGCCUUCGUCCUCUUCGUCUCCCGCGACGAGGCCCUCGCCGCCGUCCGCGGGGUUGACGGCAAGAUCCUCAAUUCCCGAACCCUGAAGGCCUCCAUCGCCGCGGACAACGGCCGCACGACGGAGUUUAUCCGGCGGAAGGUGUAUAAGGAUAAGAGCAGGUGUUAUGAGUGUGGAGAGGAAGGGCAUUUGUCGUACGAGUGUCCGAGGAAUCAGUUGGGGGCGAGGGAGCGGCCGCAACCGAAACAGCCGCGGAGGGACGGGGAAGUAGGGGGGAGGGGCCGCAGGAGAGGCGGCGGGAGGGGAGAGGAGUUGGAAGAGGAGGAGGAGGAGGAGGGUGGGGAGGUAGUUUUCGAGGAUGAGAACUGGGCGUCCGCGGUGGAUACGGGGGCGGACAAGAGGUUGUUGAUGAGGGAGAAAGAGGAGGGUAGGAAGAGGAAGAGGGAGGGGAAGAGAGAGAAGAAAGGCGGGUACUUUAGUGAUGAGAGUGAUGAUGAUGAGUAAACUAGGGUUUGUUUACAUUCGCUCAUCAUCAUCACUCUCAUCACUAGGGUUUGGUUGGAACGUCUGCUUUUGAUGGGCUAAAGUUGAGUAGUGAAGUAUAAGCAAACUUCUUGGGACUACUAUCACAGGGGCGUUUGGUUAUGUUUGAUUUGUGAGAACUGAGAAGCAUGGUGAGUCAGAGACAUGAUCAUCAAAUCCAACCUUGAACUCUUCAAGAGACAACAUUCCGAUUGGAGUUCCCCUAAUUGUCAUUGGCCAAUGGCCAGAUCAAAUCUGAAGUGAGAAUUAAAGCAACCCAAAGUAGGGAUGGCAAGUUAACUGAUCAGUCUUUCUUACUUCGUACAAACUGGCAUAUCUCAAGUUGUAUUUUUAUUCCAUAGGUUGUUUUUCUUGUCGUGUCGAUGGUUCUAGCGAUUGGUUUUUAGCCAUGCAUAGGUUUUUUGCUCUGUUGUAUAUAAGGUUUUUCCUCUUGACAGUGUUUUCUAAUAAAGUUCUCAGUUACCAAGAAAA